UUGAAAUGUAAACUCGUUGAAUGAAAUGUUUUCACGAGUAACAACUUUGACACGAUAGCAGUGCUGAGUUGCUGACAGUUAUUGCUUAUUGGCGAAGAGGUUGGGAUGUGAUGUUGAUUUGAGCAAUUGGGUCGUAGGGCUAAACCCAUGUUGUGUACUUAAAUCGUUGAUGAGUUUACGUAAUAAUGUUUAGAAAAGUAAGUUAUACUGAAUUAAUGCAGCUACAGCUUUCCUAGACCCGUUUCAAUCAAGGAAUGUGCUCAAAAGUCGCGUUGAAACGAUGACAAUGCUGACAGCCUGAAAGCGAGGAUGGCGAUUGUGUUCUGCUGUGUGAAAAACUGUUUUGAUGGGAUGGGAUUUUCAGCAACACCAGCGCUUAGGCGAGAAACUAAUCCCAUCACACUAGAUACUAAUCACAUUGGUCAUGAAGUUGUGAUUGUAAAAAACGGAUUGCGAAUAUGCGGCAGUGGCGGUGCUAUCACAAACGCACCACUAGUACAGAGCAAAUCCUACUUUGAAGUGAAAAUUCAGCAGUCUGGUGUAUGGGGAGUAGGGUUGGCAACUCUCAACACUGACUUAAACAGGUCACCUGGAGGAAUGGAUGCAGGAUCAUGGGUAUUUUGUUGGGAUGGAGUAUUCAGACAUAACAACACUGAAAUACAAAAAGCUCUGGAGCAUGCGAAUGAAGGUGAUAUUCUGGGUGUCUCGUAUGAUCAUGUGGAACUCAACUUUUAUCUGAAUGGAAAAAAUAUGGACAGUCCUGUAACAGGGGUCAAAGGACAUGUUUUUCCAGUAUUAUUUGUUGACGAUGGUGCCAUUUUAGACAUUGUGUUGGACAACUUCAAUUAUCCGCCGCCUCAAGGUUUUGAAAAAAUUAUGUUGGAGCAGUCCUUACUUUAGAGCACUUCUGGUGCCAGUGGUGGUCUUCAGAAGUGGCCAUGAAGCACUGAUACCUUUAUUCAUUAUUUUUACACAGCAAAUAAGACUUCAUUGAGUUUAGAGAACUUUAAUAAAGUGGAGAACAUGA